AUGCCUGCAUCCGACGCUCUUCCUAACAUUCGUCGAGAACCGCCGCUGACGCCGGCUGAGCGGACGAUUGUCAAGUCGUACGGCGGUUGGACAGCCUUUAUGCAGUCGUACGGUCUCAAGCCGUGGGACGAAGCCGACGCCCAGGAGGGCAAGCAGAUUCUCGAGGCCAUGGUCGCGGGAGACAAGGGAAACUAA